UUCAAAAUUACAGUUGCGUUCGAGUUGAGCACCUCGCCGGUUGUGUUUUGUCGGUCGUCUCGAGAAACCUGUCCGUAAUAAGUAUUCUGCACGUGUUAACGGACCGAGUCUGUGGAAGCUUCAAGUGAUAGGAAUUAGAGGAGGAACAGCUGCCGCAUGAGAUAAAACAUGGAUAGCAGUUCAAAACCGGAACGUAAAAAUCCCCGAGAGCAUGCCAAUAUUUUAUCCCAAUUGCUCUUUGCCUGGGCAGUGCCUUUGCUAUAUCGGGGUUCAAGAAAAGGAGUGGACACAAAAGAUUUGACUGCAUGCCUAGAAGAAGAUUAUUCCGAGCCAUUGGGUGAUCGCUUGGAACAUGAAUGGUACAAGGAAUUGGAGCGUUCGGAUCGUAAGAAACAUAAGCCAAAGCUGCGUAAUGCCCUAUUUCGUUGCUUUUUGGGUCCCACCAUAGUCAAUGGAAUUAUAAGUUUGACUUAUAUUAUUAUCAAAACAUUGAUUCCUGCUGUAUUGGCGCAAUUAUUGCUACAGUUUCAACAACCUGUUGCCUCACCGAUUCUGGAAGUUUCAGCUAAUGGAAGUUUGGAGGCACUGAAUCGAACAGUACGUGCCAUUGGUGAUGCGAAUUCGGCAAACAAUAUUGAUUCACCCAAUGCUUUGGACUCGGAUAAUGCAUUGAAGGAUCAGUUUCAAGGCCCAGUCAAUGCCACAGCCGAAGUACCCAAUGCCUUGGGAGAGGCUAGCCUGUAUAUUUGGAACGAUAUUUACUGCCUGGGUACGGUUCUUGUUGGUGCCACGCUCUUUGGAUGCUUUUUGCUUCAUCAUGUGGAUCUGCGACAACGUUUAAUGGGCGCCCGGAUGCGUAUCGCAUGUUGCUCGCUGAUUUAUCGCAAGACACUGCGUCUCUCGAUGAAGACGGCAGGACAAACGCCAGCUGGUUAUCUGAUCAAUUUACUUUCGAAUGAUGUGAAUAGGCUGGAUUAUGGUUUCAUAUUUAUGCAUUGGAUAUGGAUAAUGCCGUUGCAUGCAGUUUUGACGUGUUAUCUGAUUUGGUUACGCAUCGGUAUACCAGCUCUUGUGGGCGUGGUGGGAUUACUUGUGAAAACUGUGCCCGUCCAGACGGCAUUGAGUAAACUGACCUCCGUUCUGCGUCUGAGAAUUGCCGAACGGACUGACGCCCGAGUGGGCAUCAUGAAUGAGCUGGUGCAGGGCAUUCAGGUGAUCAAGAUGUAUGCUUGGGAGCGACCCUUUCAGGCUGUCGUGGCUGAGGCCCGACGCCGUGAAAUAAAACAGAUACGCUAUGCAUCUUACCUGCGUGGCUUCUACCUCAGCACCAUGGUGUUCACCGAGCGUUCCACUCUCUAUAUAACAUUGGCUGCUGCCGCCCUGAUGGGUCAGAAAAUCACAGCCGAUUUUGUAUUCUCGGCGGCUAGUUAUUACAAUAUCCUUCAAUUGGUGGCUGCCAUUUGGUAUCCAUUGGCAGUGAGUUUUGGUGCUGAAGCCUUUGUUUCGCUGCGUCGCAUUCAGGACUUUCUCCAGUUGGAAGAUCGCGAUGAGAAGGCCCAAGGAUUGACCCACAAGAAGCAAUCACAGGAUACAGAUGGUAGCGACUCGAAGGCUAUUCUCCUGAAAGACAUCAAUGCCAGUUGGGAUCAGGAGAAGGGACAGCGUGCAAUUACGUUGCAGGAAUUCAAUUUGGACAUUAAGAAAGGACAAUUGUGCGCCGUCAUCGGCCCAGUGGGAGCUGGCAAGAGCUCAUUGCUGCAGCUACUUCUCGGUGAAUUACCCAUAAUUGAUGGUGGUGUCCAGGUUGUUGGCGAAUUAUCGUAUGCCGCCCAAGAGCCGUGGCUAUUUACGGGAUCAGUGCGUCACAAUAUAUUGUUUGGCGAGGAAUAUGAGCGCAAGCGAUAUCAUGAGGUUACACGUUGUUGUGCCCUAACUACCGAUUUCCAGCAACUGAGCAAUGGCGACAAGACGGUGGUGGGAGAGCGUGGAGCAUCGCUUUCGGGAGGUCAACGGGCUCGCAUUAGUCUGGCACGAGCAGUAUAUAAACCAGCUUCGAUAUAUCUUCUCGACGAUCCACUGAGCGCGGUAGACGCCCAUGUGGGAAGGCAUCUGUUUGACGAGGUGAUCGGACCACGUGGACGACUUGCCCAACAGAAAGCCACACGCGUCUUGGUCACACAUCAAGUGCAUUUCCUAUCCGAAGCCGAUUGGAUUGUGAUAGUUGAUAAAGGACGCAUUUUGAGGCAGGGCACAUAUCAGGAGCUUAUCAAUAGUGAUUUGGACUUUGCCCGUCUUCUUGAGAGACCAAAGGAGGAGGAAAAGGAGCUUGAGUCUAGCCAGUUACAGGAAUCCACACACACACUUCACGACGAUGAGGCCGAUGAUGAUGAUGAUAUACCCUAUAUAGAUGGUGUCCGUGAUGGCUAUCAACCCUUAAGAAAGAAGAGCAACUCCACCUAUGGCAGUAAAUCGCUGAGCAAUAGCGAUCGCGAUGAUACAAACGCCUUGGACGAUGAUGAUGAGUUAGCCGAAGCCCAGGCAUCAGGCAGUAUUUCGUUUCGCGUUUGGUAUGAAUACUUCCAUGCUGGAAGUACUCUCCUUGGCUUCAGCUUCAUGGUCUUUGUCAUGGUGCUCUCCCAGGUGGUUUGCAGUAGCUCGGACUAUUUUUCGAAUUUCUGGACUCAGCAGGAGGAUCAACGAUCCCAGGGCAAUACCACUAGUUUCACCACAUUUGAAUGCAUGUACAUCUACGGAGGACUUAUUAUCGCCGUUGUCAUAAUGACCACAUUCCGUGGCUUUCUAUUCUUUAAGACGUGCAUGCAUGCGUCCAAGGUGCUACAUGAUCGCAUGUUUGGAUGCAUUUUGCAUGCUACAAUGCGUUUCUUUGACACAAAUCCUUCGGGUAGAAUAUUGAAUCGAUUCUCAAAGGAUAUGGGCGCCAUCGAUGAGCUAUUGCCACGUGCCAUGAUGGAUUUCAUACAGAUUGCCUUGGUCAUGUUUGGUAUUUUAAUUGUGAUUGCUGUGGUAAAUCCCAUUUUGAUAGCUGCCAUGCUGGUUGUCGCCGUUAUUGAUAUGCUUAUCAUGAAGCUAUAUCUGAGACCAUCACAGGAUCUAAAGCGUUUGGAGGGCAUCUGUCGCAGUCCAGUGUUUUCGCAUUUAAGCUCUUCUCUAUCCGGUUUGGCCAUCAUACGUUCACGUCAGCUGCAGGAUGUGGUGGCCAAGGAGUUCGAUCUACUACAGGAUGUUCACAGUAGUGUCUGGCAAUUGGCCAUGUCGGCUAAUACAGCCCUAGGUCUGUGGUUGGAUUGCGUAAGUUGUUGUUUCCUGACAGCCGUCACCUUUAGCUUCAUUAUCUCAAGCGAAUCUACCUAUAGUGGCGAUGCUGGUCUGGCCAUAGCUCAGGCUAUGAUUCUUACUGGCAUGGUACAAUAUGGUGUGCGACAAGUUGCCGAAUCCCUACAACAGAUGACCAGCGUGGAGCGUGUCCUUCAGUAUACAGAACUCGAACAGGAGCCAGCGAUGGAAAAGGUUCCUCCGCCACAAUGGCCAACGCAUGGUCAAGUGGAACUACGUGAUAUGAGCUGUCGCUAUGACCCGAAUGGUUCACCUGUGCUUAAACAUCUUAGUCUAACGAUUGAACCCGGCUGGAAGGUCGGUAUUGUGGGACGCACUGGAGCUGGCAAGUCGUCUCUGAUUGGUGUUCUCUUCCGACUGACCCACAUUGAGGGUGGCGUCUAUAUUGAUGGCAUCGAAACGGGUUCAAUUUCCUUGGAAACUCUUCGCACACGAAUCUCUAUUAUACCACAAGAUCCAGUUCUCUUCUCGGCGAGCAUUCGUUAUAAUUUGGAUCCAUUUGAACGUUAUAGCGAUGCUGAACUAUGGAAAUCCCUAGAGGAUGUGGAGCUACGUGGAUCCAUUCCUGGUCUUGACUUUAUGGUCACGGAAAGAGGCAGCAAUUUCAGUGUGGGACAGCGUCAAUUGCUUUGUCUGGCUCGCGCAAUUCUUAGAAACAAUAAGGUGCUAGUACUCGAUGAGGCCACCGCCAAUGUGGAUCCACAAACCGAUGCUCUAAUCCAACGGACCAUACGAGUUAAAUUCAAACAAUGCACAGUACUCACAGUGGCCCAUAGACUGCAUACGGUCAUGGAUUCGGACCGCAUUAUAGUCAUGGAUGCGGGAUAUGCCGUCGAGUUUGAUGUGCCCCAUUUGCUGCUCAAGAAACCACAAGGCCAUCUUCGCCAAAUGGUCGAGGCGACUGGGGCUGAGGCUGAAGCCCUCAAGGCGAUAGCCAAUACAACUUUCACACGCAUGCAGCAAGAGCGAGACGAUAAGCAACCAGAAUAGAAUCAUUUCUACAUUUAGAACAUAAAUAGAUAGUUUUUUUCUGCAUUCAUCAUGAAUCACAGGUGCAACUCUGCUCUUUCUAAUUUCUAAUCUAACCUUAUUGUUUUGUGGACCCACAAAAGACCAGGGAAAUUAGUCUCGCAAAGAGAUUUCUAUUCCAUUGACUGAAGUGGAAAAUCGCAAAUGACGAGUCACAAAACAUGUUUUCUUUUGUCUUGCGUUUAUUGUAACUAUAUUAUAUCUUUGAUGUUUCAUGUACUUAGUAGAGAUUUUCAUUUUCGAACGAUGAAGAACUCUCAACUCAACCGUGAAUAUUGCAAUAGAAUAUUGUACAUUUAUUUCUACGAAACAUAAUUAUUUUCGUAUUCAGUGUGCUGCCUUAUAUGUAUGUUACUUACAAAUUAUUGUGAUGGGAAAAGGAAAAACGUUUUAAAAUUCUUCAAAAAGUUGGUCAAAGUUUCCAAAACAUGACAUCUAUUUCUAUUUUUUACACAUUUCGAAACUGUUGCCCAUUGAACUUUUCCAUUCGUUAACGUUUCCCUCGAUUCCCUCACUGAAUUAUAUAGUUAAAUGAAACAUUACUGUGAACAAAAUUUGAAACGACUCUGUACUUUAAAAAUGUAAACAAAUAUUGUAUA